CGGUGACACACCUGGAACAUUACAGCAACUCAUAACUCAACUUUUCUUGGAGACAUGCAUUAAGUUUAAAAGCUUUCAGGAUGUACACUACGGAGCGGAGGCGCAUGAGCCUGCGGGACCACAACAAGAGGAAGGACCCGGUUUGGGUUUCCACUACCGCUGGAAGUUUGUGGCAGGACUCUUUGGCGCUGGAAAUCGGCUCCAACGGUAAACAGCUCAUCUCUCCGCGGAGUCGGACUAGACCCGUGUCCGUGGCCUAUAUCGUCAACGAAGACGCAUCGGUGCCACAAACUGAGGAGAACCUGUCACAGAAAUGCGUGAAAGAAGCGUGUGCAGACGCAAACGCGCUCUUCAAUACCAUCUCGUUCGAACGGAUCUCUCUCGGGACAACUGACAUUCUGGAUAGUUUUUACAACUCAGAUGUAGCAGUGGUGGAGAUGAGUGACACGUUCUGUCAGCCUUCUCUCUUCUACCACCUGGGAGUGAGAGAGAGCUUCAGCAUGACCAACAACAUCAUCCUCUACUGUUACAAGCAGGACAGUGACCUGCACGCGGUUAAGGAGCAGUGCAGCAGUUACACCUUCAUCCCGUAUGUAGUGUCACCUCAGGGAAAAGUGUUUGUCUGUGAUGCCACCAUCAUGACGGGAAUCCAAGAGCUCAUGCAGCCCACUUUCCAACUGGAGCCUCUCCUCACUCCUCUGGUAGAGAGACUGGUCCACCUGCUCAACACUGUGCAAGUCCAGUCCAGUGAGUACUUCCGGGAGUCCAUCCGACAUGACAUCCGGAUGGCCAGGGAGCGAUUACGAGGACAGGCCCUGAGCGAGGAGCUGAAGAGGAUCGAGGCUCGUCUGGACAGUGUGGACCUGCUUACACCUGAUAUCGUCAUGAACCUGCUGCUGUCCUACAGAGACAUCCAGGACUACAGUUCCAUGAUCAAUCUGGUGGAGACCUUGAACAACCUGCCCAUGUGCCUCGUAGCAAGACACCAGAAUAUCAAGUUUCACUACAUCUUUGCUUUGAACAGGAGAAAUCACCCAGGAGAUAGAGACAAGGCUUUACAGUGCAUCCUGCCCCUGGUGCAGUCCGAAGGGAAGGUGGCAUCGGACGUCCUCUGUCUAUGUGGGCGCAUUUACAAAGAUAUGUUCAUGAGCUCAGGGUUCACAGACCACCAGAGCAGAGACCAGGCCAGCUACUGGUAUGGCAGAGCUUUUGAGGCAGAGCCCACUCUCCAUUCAGGCAUCAAUAAUGUGGUCCUUCUGAUGGCAGCAGGGCAUGAAUUUGAUACAUCUAUUGAAUUACGCAAAAUCGGCGUCACUAUAAACACCCUGCUUGGGAGAAAGGGCAGCCUGGAGAAGAUGAAGGACUACUGGGAUGUGGGCUUCUAUUUAGGGGCAAACAUUCUGAUCAAAGAACCAAGGAAAGUCAUUGAAGCUUCAGAGAAAUUGUACAAACUCAAAGCACCUAUGUGGUUUAUAGCUUCCAUCAUGGAGACGUUUAUCCUGUAUCGGCAGUUUGCCAAGUUACCUGAGGUGAGGAGUCCUAAAGAGGAGACCAUGGACUUCUGGAUGGAGCUGCUUCUGCAAACCUGUAAACCCACCAUCUCCAAAAACCGCUGCCCCGUACUUAUCCUUGAGCCCAGCAAACUCUUCCAGCCUGCCAUAGUUUGUGUGAAUGAGGAGGACGAGAGUCGCACUGUCCAGUUGAAACAUGUAUCGCCUCAGAAGAAAGGCCUCCAUCAGUGGACUUUCCCAGCCUCUGCAAUCCGGGGAGUCAGUGUUUCAAAGAUCGAUGAGCGCAGCUGUUUCCUCUAUGUCCACUACAACUCUGAUGACUUUCAACUUUGCUUCCCCUCUGAGGCCCACUGCAAAGGAUUCUGUGAACUGGUGAACUCUCUACUGCUGCUACAGGCUGAUGACCCAGACCCAGUCCUGAACCCCCAGAACAAUGGAAUACUGGAGUACGUCUAUGAGACCAAUGAGAACGGAGACAAAAUGGUGCUCGGAAAAGGCACAUAUGGAGUGGUGUAUGCUGGGAGGGACCUGAGCAACCAAGUCAGAAUCGCAAUCAAGGAGAUACCAGAGAAAGACAGCACAUAUUCCCAGCCGCUCCAUGAAGAAAUAGCUCUACACAAAAGGCUGAAGCACAGAAACAUAGUCCAGUAUUUAGGCUCCGUCAGUCAAGAUGGUUUCAUUAAGAUCUUCAUGGAGGAGGUCCCUGGAGGAAGUUUGUCCUCCCUGUUGCGCUCCAAAUGGGGUCCCCUCAAAGACAAUGAGGCCACCAUUAUCUUCUACACCAAACAGAUCCUGGAAGGACUCAAAUAUCUCCAUGACAACCAGAUUGUGCACAGGGAUAUUAAGGGUGACAAUGUCCUCAUAAACACUUAUAGUGGUGUGCUCAAGAUUUCUGAUUUUGGAACCUCAAAAAGACUGGCAGGAAUCAACCCUUGUACAGAAACAUUUGCUGGAACGCUUCAGUACAUGGCCCCAGAGAUCAUCGACCAGGGGCCGCGGGGUUAUGGGAAACCAGCUGACAUUUGGUCUCUGGGGUGCACUAUUAUUGAAAUGGCAACUGGCAAGACGCCAUUUCACGAGCUGGGAAGUCCCCAGGCAGCCAUGUUUAAGGUUGGCAUGUUCAAGAUCCACCCCACUGUCCCUGAGUGCAUGUCUGACGAAGCCAAAGCUUUCAUAAUGAGAUGUUUUGACCCAGACCCGGACAAAAGAGCCACAUCCAAAGAGCUGCUGGCUGACUCCUUCCUCAAGUCCUCCCAACGAAAGAAACAGAGACCCCCGCAAGAACCUGAAGCUAAUGACAUACUAUAUUCUGCUGAUUACCAGAGGAGCCUUUCUGUGCCUGUGUCCAUCCACGUAGAAGAUGUAGAAGAUUCUUAUUCUGACUUCGUGGACCUGUCCUCUUCUCUGGACCUCAGACGAACCAUGUCUGGUCUGAAAGUGGAUGAAAUAUCAGAAAGCCCUACCAGCACCAGCAGUUUCCUGUCGAUGCCUGAUGAGUCUCCUGGAGACCUGACCAGUCCCUGCCCCACAGGGGAGAGCGUGGGUCUGUUCAUGCUGAGGAAGGACAGUGAGAGGAGGGCCACCCUGUACAGGGUCCUGACCGACUACAUCAGCCUGGUGGUCAGCAACGUCCAGGAGUCCAGCCCAGAGGAUGGGGAUGGGUCCUGCCUCUCUGACGAAGACAUUACAGAACUCAUUAUCUGCUUGCGAAACAACAUCCGCUCCCCAGACAAGAAACAGCUGACCAUGAGUCUCCUGAACCUGCGGAAAAGGCUGCUCUCUGAAAAAGUACCCCUGAACAGCCUGCAGGUGGUGCUCUUCAGCUUCCAGGAUGCAGUGAAGAAAGUCUUGAGACAGCAGCAGGUGAAGCCCCAUUGGAUGUUUGCUUUGGAUAAUCUGCUGAGGCAAGCUGUACAGGAUGCCAUAACAGUUCUUCUUCCAGAGCUCAAGCUUCAGUUGCAGUCUUCCUUUGAGGUCGAAGACUGCAGUCCCGAGGAGCAGCCAGCAGAUUUGGAUACGCCUGUAAAUGUCCCAGAACCACAGGGACGUUUACAGUUUGACAACCAGCCCACAGCAACAUUUAAUCAGAUCCCAAGCCCUCCUUCAGACCCAAACUGUCCCCUCAGCGAAUCCUUGAGAGAGCUGCGAUUAGAGACAAGCAGACUGCUGAGGCAGCUGAGUGAGAAGGAGAGGGAGUACCAGGACUUACUGAGAAAGUCCCUCCAGAGGAAACAGCAGCAGAUAGAUGCACUCAAGAACUCAAGAAACACCAGCACUGAUGAAAUUUCCUGUCCUCAAAACAGCUCUACUCCUGAGGCUAGGGCUAUGGCACGCUGGCUCAAGUCUGUCCCUGUAGAUAAAGACACCAUUGACAAGCUCCUGUCCCAUGAGUUCACCUUGGAUAUUCUGUUUGCUGUGGCCUGCAGGGAUGAUCUGAUGUACUGUGGGAUAAGAGGCGGCAUGCUGUGUCGACUGUGGGCAGCCAUCUUGUCUCACCGGAGGACACAGCUGAGCACUCACAGCGAGGAGAGAGAGGACAGUGCCUUCUGAUUGCAACCACCUCCUGUAUCCAAGGACACUAUUAUUAACAGGUCAACACAUACGCAAGAACUGACAAAUGAACUGACUAGCUUCUGCUUUAUGUACUGUAUAAAAUGUCUUAAUACAUUUCUAUUUUUAUGUAAAUGUACAGUAUUGUAAAAAGCAUAACUCUAACUAUCUUCAGAUGGUGCCUUUUGUGUAUUACAACACUUAGCUGGAUCUAAGUUGUGUAUUUAAGAUGCUUUCGAGGUAAUAAAGGGAAUGUAUGAUAAAGCCUUUAGUCCGUUUGAGCAAGCAGCAGUGGGUGGGGUGUGUACUGGAAGGAGCGAUGAUGCUGGUGACUAGUGCUAAAAUUCCUCAUGUAUUUCCUAAUCUGUUUUUACAUUGUUGACGUCGCUAUAGAAACAAACUCUUAGCCAAAUGUCUAAGGUAACCAUUUGGCUGACCUACGUUUUAGAUUAGUUAUGCUGAACUCAACUUUUAAGGUGCACUGUGUAACUUUACUGGUGGAGGGUACGCUACCGGCUUGUCUCCAUGGAGAUGUUAUUACUUUGCCGGGAAUGUUCCACAGUAUUGCAUUAAAUGUUUUCUUCUAGUAUUUAUUUCAAAAAGAUGUUUUAUUGCUCAAAAAUACACUGAAAAACAUGCAGUCUUACUGUAAGUGGGGUUGCUGUUCCACUGAUCUGACCUCUAACUUGGCCUGAUGGCAUCACCUGCUUGCUCCAUGGAGAUAUCUGUUUAAUGCCAUAUGGUGGGACAUUCUAGGCCAGACCUGGGCACUGUACAGCUCCCAGGCCACUACAGCCCUUUGGUUGACUCUGACCAGCCCCUUUAAGCUAAUUUGAAAUUACAAAAUAAACCAACCAGUGCCCUGAAAGAUAUCUCAUACCUUAACAUAGAGUCACUACAUGCAUGGGACUUGCAGUUUCAUUACUAGAAAUGGCUUUAAAGAGAUUAAGUUUGCCCUGCAUAUGCCCUUAAAUUAUUCUGUCUACAACUGUAAAACCCAGACACUAUUAACUUGUAUUAGCUUGUACUGUAUCAAACCAUAUGCUACAUCAUUAUCUGGCUAAGGACUCCUCUGUAUUUAUUUUUGUCUCUGCACUCAUUCAAAUGGCACAGUCGGCAAUCAAUCUUGUCAGAGUGCCCUUGAAUGCACCACAAUGAAAUUUAAUCAUUGAGAUAGCUUCAAGUCCCAUUCUCCAGCUCAUAUUUUAUAUUCGAUUGUAUGUCAGUUGUCUAAUGUACUUGUGUGGAGAGAAGCCCUUACACUGAUUUGUGUUUUGGGAACUGACACACUGUUUUCUAGUAAGCUUAAUAUCAGUGCUAUUAAUACUGACUGGCUAAUAGGGCAUCAUUUAACCAGCUUGUUUACAUACAUGGACACACUUACAUUCUGGUUUAAAUUACCUAUAUUACUCUAUUUUUUGGUCCUUGUAUAAUGUUGUCUCAUCAAAAACAUACCUGGACUUGUGUUUUGUUUUCUUUCAUUCACACAGAUCCUGCAUAUUUAUUCUCUUCUCUCAGUUCUUCUCUCAGAAAACACUUAUUUCACUUGAUAUCAUGUGGUAAUACAGAAAGAGCUCCACUGUGUUUUUAAAUUUCAUGCACCUUCAAUAUAUCCGGAUAAUUUCAUUCCAGGAAUUGCUAAUCUCUACUGAACAAAAGGCAAAACAACAACUACAUGACAUCACAAGGUGGAAUAGAGCAUUUUGAGCAGUGAUCCACUGAAAAUAAGGUGAGCCUAUGUCGUAAUGUACACUGGGCUCCUUUAUUAUCUCCAUAUUAAAACUGUAAAUUUAUACAAUAUUACAAUUUUCAACAAGUUCAUAAUAAUUUCUUUAGUUUACAUCAUGCUCAUUAAGUCCUGGGUAUUUAUUUAUUUUUGUACAACCAUACAUACUUAUAUACAGUAAAGUAUAUUAUAAUGUUGUAUUCUUCUUGAUAACAUUAAAAGUUGAUAAUAAAUUCUACCAUUCUCCUUGUAA